CCGGAUCUGUCGCCGUGGACAGCGUGUGCAAGGUAUGCCCUGUGUCCUGUUUGCAAUGUCGUGCCGACAUGACCUGUACCCUAUGCAAGCCCUCCACUCUAAUCUUGCCUGGCUCCAGAGGUUCCGGCUGCGUGACCUCCUGUCCGCCAGGCUUCCGUGCCGACACAAGCGGCAGCUUGCACCGUUGCGAACCGUGCAACGCUGAACUGCUGUGUGCGGCCUGUACGGAGUCUGCGGGCGCGUGCAGUUCGUGUGAUGGUGGCCGUGUGCUGUUGGCUAGUGGUCAAUGUGCUGACCAGUGCCCAGAUGGAUAUGCUGUUGAUGGCUUGGGCAAGACAUGUCAGCGCUGCUCUGUCCCUGGCUGUGUAGAUUGCACUAACGAUGCGCAGUCCUGUGCUAUGUGCUCUGAGGACAUGUUGCGUUUGACUGUGGCUGGCUCCGUGUCAUGCGUAGCCUCCUGCCCAGCCGGUUACUUUGGAUCUGAAGGUGCACGCGAAUGCCAGCCGUGUGCCAGCGAGUGUAAAUCAUGUACCACGGCGGCUGACUCCUGCUCCAGCUGUCAGCCGUCGCUGCUGCUGCAUGGCAGCGUGUGCCUGCGCGGGUGCCCGCAGGAAACGUUUGCCCAGUCAAAGGGCGGUGUGUGCGUGGCGUGCGAUCCGUCCUGUGCCCUCUGCAGAGGUCCCGGCGCUAACGACUGCGCGCGCUGUAGCGAGUCCGGCUACAAAGUGGACAUGCUGUACGGCUGUGUGUCGUCCACGUGUAGGCAAGGUCAGUACGCUAAUGCCACACACUGUAUCCCAUGCAGCACGGUGUGCGCCGAAUGCAAUGGAUCAGCCGAGCAGUGCACGGCCUGUCCAACGGGAAAGUCCCUGAUGCACGCGCAGUGCCUUGAUGCAUGCCUGAGUGGGUUUGUGGAGGACUUGCGUGGCAUGUGCGUGGAGUGCAAGCGUAACUGUGCCGCAUGCGCGCCGGGCAAGGUGCGUCUGGCCGGCGAAUGCGUGCAGGGCUGUCCAGCGCAUGGCAAUGCGCGCGUCAACAGCGUGUGCGUCAAGUGUGUGGACGCGUCGUGCCGCUUGUGCCCUCGCUCGGCAGACCAGUGCUUGGACUGUCAGCUGCCCAAUCGCUAUCUGCUGGAGGGGCACUGUGUGGCCACGUGUCCCGCCGGCCAGUUUGCCUACGGCCGUAACAUCUGCUCCACGUGUCACUCGUCAUGUGCAGCGUGCGUGUCCGACAGUCCAGACUCCUGUACGGCAUGUCACCGACCGUCCGUGCUGCAGUCCGGCUCGUGUUUAUCGACGUGCGAUGAUGGCUUCUUUCCGCAGGCGGUGGCGGCGGUUGGUGGCGUCAAGUUGAGGGCCGCUGUGUGCACUGCGUGUAAUGCCCGCUAUCUGCACUGUGAGUCGGCCGGUGUGUGUACUACGUGCAAGACCGGCUUUGCUCUGGCCGCCGGUAGCAAGACCUGUGUGAGCGAGUGCAAUGCCGGCGAGGUGUUGGACGUCUCGGCGCAGCGCUGCAUCGCGUGCCCGCCUGGCUGCUCAACUUGCUCGCAGUCCGGCAAGUGUACCCGGUGCCAGGGCCAGCGCUGGGUACAUCACGGUCAGUGCCUGCUGGAGUGCCCGCCACGCUUCUACCCGGAGUCGGCAACGGGGGCUCGCUGUCGCAAGUGCCAUGCCGGCUGUGCGACGUGCAGCGGGCCCUCGGUGUGUCGCACCUGCAUCGCCGGCCUGUUCCGCCACGCGGACGGGCUGUGCAGGGCCGAGUGUCCAAGCGGUGAGUACAUACACCGUGACGGGGGUGCAUGUCACAGGUGCAAUUCACUGUGCUUGACGUGCGCAGGUCCGGGUGAGAGUGACUGCGUCCAGUGUAAAGCUGUGCUGCCCAAUGGCUGGUACUCUCGCCAGGACGGCAGCUGUGGAAGGUGCCACGCGUCGUGCAAGGCCUGCGCUGGUACUGCAACAAAGUGCGUUUCCUGCCGCGCCUCUCAGAAGCUGGUCAACGGCGUGUGUCUGGAGGUUCCUACGUCCUGUGGAUCAUCUCACUAUCUGGAUAAGAAGAUUGGCCGAUGCUUGCCCUGUGCUGAUAACUGUGAGCAGUGCAGUAAUGACGGCGGCGCUGUUGUGUGCGACAGGUGUGCCGUGACGCAUCGCAAAUCGCCCGUCGACGGUCGCUGCUAUCCGUGCUGUACCGUCUCGGCCAUCAGCACCACUCCGCCGUGCUGUGCUUGCUCACCAGACGACAGUGCUCUGACAUGCUCACCCGGCUCCUUCUCCACCGCACCAUCGUCGACAUCCGAGUCCUCGACGCACGGCAGCAGCCAGGUUGUUGAGGUGGUUCAUCGCAAUCGACAGGGCGUGCAGCCGACUGCUCGGCCCGACGACGAAGACGUGAGAAUGCGAGCAAAGCGGCCGGGUGGUGUUGGUGGUGGAACUGACCAAGCACACACGUCUCGCAAUGUGGCAGCCCGAGCUGUUGCCGUAGUUGUUGCCGGCAUCGUGGCCUUCCUUGCCGUCAUCUAUUGUCAUGCUGGUUUACCGACGUCUGGGUACUGGCUGGACACCGUCGGUGCAGUACAAGCGACUUGCCGUCGCUGACGAGGCUGCCGAUGACGAAGAGGUCGACCUCUGAGCAGCAGAUCUGCUGCUGAAGUAGUAAACUUACCACUCUAGUGUUGACUGCCCUUAAUAGU